GUGCUGUCCCUGGGUGCUGAUGUCCUUCCCGAGUACAAGCUGCAGGCGCCACGCAUCCACCGAUGGACCAUCCUGCACUACAGCCCCUUCAAGGCCGUGUGGGACUGGCUCAUCCUUCUGCUGGUCAUCUACACCGCUGUCUUCACCCCCUACUCGGCCGCCUUCCUGCUCAACGAGGAGCCGGUGGAGGAGAAGCACUGGGACUGCAGCUACUCCUGUGACCCUCUCAACAUCAUUGACCUCAUCGUGGACAUCAUGUUCAUUGUGGACAUUGUCAUCAACUUCCGUACCACCUACGUCAACAUCAACGACGAGGUGGUGAGCCACCCUGGCAAGAUUGCCAUCCACUACUUCAAGGGCUGGUUCCUCAUUGAUAUGGUUGCUGCCAUCCCCUUUGACCUGCUCAUCUUCCGGUCCGGCUCCGAUGAGACCACCACCCUGAUCGGCCUCCUGAAGACCGCCCGGUUGCUGCGCCUGGUCCGCGUGGCCCGCAAGCUGGACCGCUACUCCGAGUACGGGGCAGCCGUGCUCUUCCUGCUCAUGUGCACCUUCGCCCUCAUCGCCCACUGGCUGGCCUGCAUCUGGUACGCCAUCGGCAACGUGGAGCGGCCCUACAUGGAGCACAAGAUCGGCUGGCUGGACAAUCUGGGUGACCAGAUCGGCAAGCGCUACAACGACAGCGACCUCUCCUCUGGCCCAUCCAUCAAGGAUAAAUAUGUCACUGCCCUCUACUUCACCUUCAGCAGCCUCACCAGCGUGGGCUUCGGCAACGUCUCACCCAACACCAACUCUGAGAAGAUCUUCUCUAUCUGCGUCAUGCUGAUUGGCUCUCUGAUGUACGCCAGCAUCUUCGGCAACGUCUCGGCCAUCAUCCAGCGGCUGUACUCGGGCACUGCCCGCUACCACACGCAGAUGCUGCGGGUCAAGGAGUUCAUCCGCUUCCACCAGAUCCCCAACCCCCUGCGCCAGCGCCUGGAGGAGUAUUUCCAGCACGCCUGGUCCUACACCAACGGCAUCGACAUGAAUGCA